UUUGAUUUAUUGCUUUGCUCAUAGGGGUGUAAGAAACAAUAAUUUAAAAUUUAAGAUGAACGUUCCUUGAGCAAUUAUACUGCCUACUUCGUGAUGCCUAAGUUUUGAAAAUAUAUUGCCCAUAACGCUCAAUGCUGAAAUGAAGCAUGAAUAAAGAAUAUAAAUGUCAAUUUUGGUGUCCUGAAUAGAGUUCGUUUCUUUCAAUAAACGAAAAUGCAUUACCUUUUCACAGUUUAAGCAAAAGAAAAAUAUCGCUUUCUAAUUUUAUUUCUCUUGUUGGGUAUUCUUCUUGUCUUACUUGCAAUAAUAAUAAUAAAUAUAUGCUUUAUCUUAUGAGAACUUCUAUCCGUUGAAUCUGUUAGGCUCACCCAAAAGCAAAGUUUUUUAAGAAAUUUUAGACAAUAUAAUGCAUGAUCAGCCCAGAAUAAAGCAAAAGGAAUCCGAUGAAGCUAGGAAAGCUCGUGAGGAUGACGAACGAAAAAAGGGGGAACUUUACCAGGCGCUCAUGGUAGAUUACCACGCGAAAAAAUACACUGUCGACGCGCUCCAGAAGAAUAGAAAACUUCUUUUGGAGAUUCCUGAAGCCUAUACCUUUUACAAUUACGAAAGGGAAAUACUUGAACAUUUAUUCAAAAAUGCCUCUGAAGAAAAGGGAGAAAAUGUAAGCGGGGUUGGAGAGAAUAAAGGACCUCUUGAGUGGCUCCGCGAGGAUUUCAAGCUUAAUAGCGCAAUUUUACAGAAAGAUUAUAAAAUUUACGCGGCUUUUGUGCACCGGCAUUGGAUUUUUGAUUGUUUAGCAUCUUUUGCCGCUAAGGAGGAAGCUCCCACCUCGAAUAAGGAGAAUGCAUCGUCUACGCGUGCUGAGGAUAAGGGAGGGCUGCCGUAUUUAACCUUUACCGUUAAGGCGAUCGAAAAGGAAAUGGAGGAGUGUGAAAAGCUGCUGUUGUUGGAUGAGCGUAAUUUCCACGCGUGGAAUCAUCGCCGGUGGGUUUUUUCGAUUCGUCAAAGACCCCAUCGCAUCCUCUUCUCGCCUCUGAAGGUGGACUCCUCUUCGGAUGGGGAGGAAAGCAGCCUCGAGCUUUUUUCCUCGUCCGAGGCGGCCGAGAUCGAUUACACAAAGGCCAUGAUUUGUCGAAAUUUUUCCAAUUAUAGCGCCUGGCAUGAGCGCGCGGUUACGCUGCAAGUUGCGCUUUGCCGGCAUGAUCGUAGCGGCCUGCUUUCCCCCCCGAUCUUCAGUAGUGCGAUGGCCAACAAUGGUGAUAGAAAUGGGAGUAGCGCUUUGCCAAGGCGUCCGUCGUGGCUUCCCUUGUCAACCCCUUCCGGCGAUCAGGCAAAGCCCGCAAGUUCGGCCUCUUCGCGGGGGUUAUCGCGGCAUUUGCUGGUUCACCUCGUGCAGGAAUUGGAUUUGCUCCUGCAGGCGAUUUACUGCGAUCCAAACGAUCAGGCGGUGUGGUUUUACACGCCUUUUGUUCGGGAAGUUUUUGAGCUUUACGAGCCCUUCCUACAUGACGCUUUUUUGGAAGUUCAUGCAGAAUUAGUAAAUUAUCCAAACUUAAAUUCGAGCGCGGCGUGGGGGUUGCUACGAACUUGUCGUGGGGAUUUCCUCGAUGUCCUCGUGCGCGUGGCAAUUGAUAUUCUUAUCGAGGAAAAAAGUCUCGGUGAAGAUACCUGCUUCCUACCCUAUCACUUUUUACUUUCUAAUUUUGCUCGACUUUUAAAAAAAGCGCAGAGCGAAAAGAAGGAACUACCCAUAGCGGCAAGAGCGAGUUCUCUUAAACUGAGGUCCUACAUCACACAAACCUUGAAAAGAAUUUUUAACAAUAACGAUGAGGUUGAUGAUGGAAAAAAUGAUUCGAAUAAUGACUAUUAUUUCACUCAAAACAAUGAGAAAGAUGGAGAGGAACUUGAUAUUGAGGUAUCGUGGUGCUUUGAGCGGCUGCACGAGCUGCUUGUGCGUGUAGAUCCUCUGAGAAAAGGAAUGUACGAUGAUCUGCUUUCGGUAGCCUCGAUCUGGAAAACUAAUACUGAAUGA